GACAACGUUUUUCCGCUUCGCGCGGUGUGUGCAUCGCUCGAGAAAAUCGAAAAAAACCCCAAAAUGAAUUUCUCCAGUAAAAAAAUUUAGUCAUGUGCGCCAGUUCUUCAAAUUAAACCAUUUCAAAUUUUAUUAUUUUUUCACGUACACACACAUCGGUUUGAUAUAAAUUAAAUUGUACAUUUUUAUAAUUUCCAAAUGAAAUUUUGAUCCGUCGUGCGACAAUAGUUCUAUUUUAUUUAAGUCGUCAUUAACUGGUCGUAAAACAUGGAAGAGGCAACCGACAAUCACGUCCUCUACAAGCUGGUGCUCACCGGAGGGCCAUGCGGUGGCAAGACGACGGGACAGGCCCGGCUUUGCACGUUCUUUGAGAAUUUGGGUUGGAAGGUUUUUCGUGUACCUGAAACAGCUUCGGUCCUUCUUGGCGGUGGUGUAAAAUUCGCAGACCUGAACGCAGAUGAAAGCAUAAAGUUCCAAGAAAACUUGCUGAAAACGAUGCUGCAAAUAGAAGAUACGUUUUUCGCAUUGGGAAAAACGUGCAAGAGAAAUUGUCUAAUCAUAUGUGAUAGAGGAGCGAUGGAUGCUUCAGCUUUUGUUGCCAAAGAUAAAUGGGAAACUAUUAUGAGGGAGAACGCGUGGAACAACGUAGAAUUAAGGGAUAACAGAUACAAUCAAAUUAUUCAUAUGGUAACCGCCGCCAAAGGAGCCGAGGAAUUUUAUUCUAUAGAGGAUCACAAUUGCCGUUCGGAGGGGGUGCAACUGGCGCGAGAUUUGGACACGAAAGCGGCCGCCGCGUGGGUGGGCCACCCGUAUUUCGAUGUCAUCGAUAACUCGACGGAUUUCGAAGGGAAAAUACGUAGAUUGAUCGUGUCGGUGUGCCACAAGAUCGGCUUGGACACCGGCGACAGGUUGUUGAAGAACUCGCGCAAGCACAAGUUCCUGGUGGAGGGUCCGUUGCCGGACGAUUCGGUGUUUCCCCCGUUCCAGGACUUCGAGGUCGUGCAUAAUUACUUGCAAUCGAAUUCACCCAACCAGGUCAGGUUGCGCAAGAGAGGCCAGAAAGGCCAUUACAGUUACAUCCACACUGUAAGGAGACAGAACCAGCCAGGCGGGCAAGUGGUCGAAGUUAAAACGCAAAUAACCCAUCGGGAUUACAUUAACUUGCUGACGCAGAAGGACAAUUCGCAUUUUACCAUCUACAAGAGACGCCGGUGUUUCAUCGAGAACAACCAGUAUUUCCAAUUGGACAUAUACGAACAACCUAGUCAUCCAAGGUGUCGUGGUUUAAUUUUGCUCGAAACUUACUCCGCCCUCGACGAUCAGAUGCUGCUGAAAACGUUGCCGACAUUUUUGAACAUCAAGAAAGAAGUGAGGGGAAAUCCGGAUUAUUCGAUGUAUAAUUUGUCGUUGAGGGAAGACUGGAAAACGUCCAAGAAGUUUUGCAGAUCCGUUACAGAUUCGGACUUUUCUAAGUAUCCCCCUAAUGAAGACCGCGGAGAAGCUAUUAAGAAACUUUACAAUUACGGCAAUUUAAACGGAAAAACUAUGAACGGCAAAGCUUAAGUGUUACUUAAUCAAGAGUAUUCUUGUACUCAUAUAUAUAAUAUAUAUUUAUUUUUUUAUAGGGUUCCUACAAUUUUUUGGAAAAGAGUGAUUCGCUCGAUCUCUUAUAAAAUUGCGUUGUAGAUACAGUAUUUUAAAUUAUUUUUGCAAUUUAAAACUAAAUCAUAUUUAACUAUAUUAUGUACCUGCUUAACAACAAGAAUUAAAUCGUCGGGUUUGUCUAAUUAGAUUAAACAAACAUUUCACUUACUGUAGUUUACAAGUAAUGCUAUUUUUAUGUUUCAGUAGGUGAAUAUAAAUAUCAUGAAUAGCAGAAUUUUUUAUCUCAAGUUUGCUCUGACUUAAUGCGUAUUUUUAAGUGGAUAAUAAAAGUGUAUGGGUUUUGGAAUUUUGUUUUUAAUGUUGAAAUCAUCUCGACAUAAUAAUACGCAAAACUGAUGCAAUUUAGAGUAAAUUUUAGAUAUGUACUUACAUAGUUAUGCAUUAUAAUAGAGUACUUAAGUUGAUCAGUGUAUUAGAUAGUAAACUUUAGCUCGUUAUAUUUCUGUUGAUGUGUUAUAAAAGCAGAAAGAUUUAUGAAUAUUGUUAAGCUUGUAUUACAUUACAAUUUUUUCAAUUACACAAAAACUAAAUUGUUACUAAUUUUUGUUGGUACAUUUUAAUUAAUAUGGACAAGAUUUUACGACAAUGGUUGAAUAAGUUGAUGUUUCGUUUUAUAGGUAAAAAGAGUAAAGUAAUGUAAGCUUAAAAUAAAAGAUGUCAAUUUAUAUCAAACUGUGUAUCAUCUUUAUUCUCAGAUUUUUGUCACUAAAGAAAUCGAAUAAAAAUUACAUAUAUAUUUUUUCUGAAACCAGGUACCUGCCAUUACUGUGAAUUUUUGAGAAUAGGAAAAGAAUAC